GUGUUUACGUACACGCACUUCCGUAGCUCUCUGAGAGAAGAGCAACCGUUCCCAAUUUGACCAUAAAUACAAAACUGUCUUGAACUUUCGGGUUUUCUCUCGACACUAAAAUUUAAUGCCAGAGAAGCUCGAGAGAUCAAUCAUGAUCGGAGAGAUUUGAUGGUGCUGUGACCGCGAGAUUUCCCCUUAACUCUUCGCAGGUAAAAGCUAAAGCUAGCAGCGCGUCAUUGGAGGUAAUUUACUAAACCAUCGGCUGAUCCGCAGUCAGUUUUGUCCUCUGUUAACUCAGAGCUCAGCGAAGGCAGUCAUGGCCACUCGGCGUCUGACCGAUGCCUUCUUGUUAAUGCGGAACAAUGCGAUCCAAAACCGGCAGAUUUUGGCUGAGCAAGUGAGUACAUUCGACCCCCGUCUGAGUACACGUAGCAAUGCUGCGGAGCUUGAUGAGUUGGCUGAUGACCGGAUGGCUCUGGUCUCUGGGAUCAGUCUGGACCCAGAAGCUGCUAUCGGCGUCACAAAGAAGCUGCCUCCCAAAUGGAUAGAAGGGAUCGACGAGAUCCGGUACGACAUCACACGGAUCCAGCAGAAGAUGAGGGACCUGGCUUUGCUUCACGACAAGCACAUGAACCGUCCAACGCUGGACGACAGCAGCGAGGAAGAGCACGCUAUAGAGAUCACUACCCAGGAGAUCACGCAGAUGUUCCACCGAUGUCAGCGAUCCGUGACGGGCCUGCAGUCUCGCCGGGGCCACUGCACCGAGCAGGAGGAGAGGCUCUUGGUGAACGUGGUGUCGUCCCUGGCACAGAGCCUGCAGGACCUGUCCACCAACUUCAGGCACACGCAGUCCAGCUAUUUAAAACGUAUGAAGAAUCGGGAGGAGAGAUCGAAGCACUUUUUUGAUUCAGGACCUUUAAUGGAAGAGGAUGAAGAGUUGGCUCUGUAUGACAAGGGGUUCACAGAUGAUCAGCUGAUGCUGGUGGAGCAGAACACGGUUCUGGUGGAGGAACGGGAGCGGGAAAUCCGACAAAUAGUGCAGUCCAUCUCGGACCUGAAUGAGAUUUUCCGGGAUUUGGCGGGAAUGGUGGUGGAGCAGGGAACUGUUCUGGACAGAAUUGACUUCAAUGUGGAGCAGGCUUGUGUAAAAACAGAAGAUGGACUAAAACAGUUACAGAAGGCGGAGCAGUAUCAGAAGAAAAACAGGAAGAUGCUCAUCAUUUUGAUCCUUUUUGUCAUAGUCAUUGUUCUAAUUAUUAUUCUUUUUGGAACAAAGUUUAAGUGAAGCC